CUUCGUCUCCCGGCUUGGACAGCUGUGCCCCGCCCAGGACUUCACCACCAGCACCUAAGUUGUUCUGCAUCUACAGCACAUCCAGGCUCUCAGUUGUUCACUCUGCAGCCCGAGCCCUGCCCGCGGCCACCGGAGCCACCUGGACCCACCUGGACUGGGGGCCCACCCCACACGCCCCAUGUCCACAUGGACACCCAGGAACCAGAAGACCCCGGGGACGUGCUGCAGAGCAAGGCAGAAAAUCUAUUUCACGAACUUCAAGAACAUUUUCAAGCUCUGACCGCAACAUUAAACCUCAGAAUGGAAGAAAUGGGGAACCGCCUCCAGGACUUGCAGAGGAACGUGAGCGACUUAAUGGUGCAAGCUGGGAUCCACAAUGCCAUCAAAGAACAAAUGGUAAAGCCAUCACUAGGAAACCAACAGACAGAGUGAGCCCUGGACACUGUGGCCCCUGGCGGCGGAAGGCGGACGCGAAUCCACAGGGAGCUCAGGUCGACUCGACUCACUUGGUGGUGAGCCCGUG